AUGAUUCAGCUUACAAGGUGUUUUGCCACGGUUGUAUUCCUUUUUCUUACAAUAAUACACCAAUCGUCUGCUGCUGACGAGACUACAAUAACUUCUUACAAUGUCCUGAGCUUUGGAGCUAAGCGUAACGGUGUAACGGAUUCCACCCAAGCUUUUCUUGAUGCUUGGGCUGCUGCCUGUGGAGCCUCCGCGGAUUCAUCUGAGAUAUAUAUACCGAAGGGGAGGUAUUUGCUUGGCGCUAUUGCCUUUAAAGGUGACUGCAAAAGCUCACAUGUCACUUUUCGGAUUGAUGGAACACUAGUGGCUUCGCCUGAUUACCGAGUACUAGGCCAAGCUAACAACUGGUUCAGUUUUGAAGGAGUUACUGGGGUAAACAUUGUCGGAGGAGCACUUGAUGCUAAGGGUUCCGCCUUGUGGGCUUGCAAAUUAAGUACGGAAACCACCAGCUGUCCUAAUGGAGCCACGACUUUGAGUUUUACAAACUCAAAAGACAUUAGAGUUGAAGGACUAAUGUCAUUGAACAGCCAAAUGUUUCACAUUGUGAUAAAUGGCUGCCAGGAUGUACUCAUUCAAGGCGUCAAAAUUAUUGCUGCUGGCAAUAGCCCUAACACCGACGGCAUUCAUGUCCAAUUUUCCAAAAAUGUUGCAAUCUUCGACACCUCCAUCAAAACUGGGGACGACUGUGUCUCUAUUGGCCCUGGGACCAAGGACUUGUGGAUGGAACGCAUAUCAUGCGGACCUGGCCACGGCAUUAGCAUAGGGAGCCUGGCCAAAGACUUGGAAGAGGAAGGAGUACAAAACGUAACAGUUAAAAAUGCAAUUUUUAAGGGUACAACAAAUGGGCUGAGGAUCAAAUCUUGGGCAAGACCUAGCACCGGAUUUGUCCAAGGUGUUCGAUUCCUUGAUGUCGUAAUGCUUAAUGUCCAAAAUCCCAUCGUAAUUGACCAGAAUUACUGCCCACACAACCUCAACUGUCCUGGUCAGGUAUCUGGUGUCAAAGUCAGCGAUGUACUGUACCAGAACAUUCGAGGCACAUCGACAACAGCAGUUGCAGUAAAAUUUGAUUGCAGUGCAACAAAUCCAUGCAGUGGGAUAAGACUCGAAAAUGUGAAUUUGACUUGCCGGAAGCAAGUAGUGCAAUCAUACUGUAUGAAUGUAAAUGGAAAGAGUGUUGGCACUAUUCAACCAAGCAGUUGUUUGUAA